UUAAUCGUCAGUUCCUCCCUUAGGUGUAUUCACAUGUACCUGCUAUCUUCUUUUGAAAAGGCAACUGUGAACGUUGUAUUAUACUUUUUACAGAUGUUGCAAAAAUUUAUUAUUUAAUGAAUUAAGUGUAUAUUAAUAACAAUUUCACAAUUCAUUUUAUCUGAAACACUUAUGGCUCCUGUUAUUUAUACUUAAGUACAAUUGUCAAGUCUCGCAGUUUCUUAGCGAGACUAUGGCCUGGAGGUUCUAUAUUUAAGCUGCCUUAAUGUAAUUAAUGGUAAUCCAAAUGCUUUGUUUACCUGAAAAGAUAUGUAAAAAAUCCUAGGGAUUCAGUUCGUAAAAAUAUGAAGAUAGUUUGUGCUUCGACUACGUGUAAAUAUGCUUCCGAGGAAGAGGAUUCGACAAAUGUCAUUUUUAUAAGUUUUCCAAAUAAUGAUACGUCAAAACUAUGGGCUCAUAAUUGUAAUCGACUGGAUUUGUUGAGCAAAUCUAAUGAGGAACUGCAUAGUAAUUACUAUAUAUGCUCACAUCACAUAGAAGAUCAUUGUUUUAUUAGCAAAUGUAAACCAAUCACGAUUGCUCAAGGCACAGUUCCAACUGUGUUUCAAAUGGAACCUGUAAUAGUCCCAUUAACACCUGUAACUUCUGAAAAGGCACCUGAAUAUGAAAAUCAACAUAGUAAGGACAACAUACAAUCAUGUGACAGCUCUUUAAAUUCAAUGAAUAAUAUUGAGGGAACAGAUAAUAUGGCACUUAAUACCAAUUUUCAUGCCAGAGUACUCAACCAUGAAUCUGUUGAUGAAAAAAAUAACACAGUAACUAUCUUUAAUAGAUGUGUUUCAUCAGAGACAUCUGAUAAUGAUGCUCUCAGAUACUGUGAUAUAAAUACUGAAAUAGAGCAGUACAGCAGUGUGACAAUAGGAUUUUCUAGUUUGUGUCGAAUAUGUGGCGAUGAAGCAUCAGAUGGGAUAGAAAUAUAUUCCGCAAAAGGCAUUGAAUUAAAGCUGCGCUAUAAAAUACAAUUGCAUUUGCCCAUAUCCAUUGAUGUUGAAGACAUAAUGCCACAAAGACUUUGUAUCAAUUGUUAUAACAAAUUGGAAGUUACACAUUCAUUGAUCACAACGUGUUUACAAACUAACAUGCGAUUCAGACGGUUCUUAAAUAUUGAAGGGAUGGCAGAAUACGAUAAGAGAUUCGAUGCGUUGGUGGAAGAAUGUUCACUAGAAGUGGCUGAGGAAAUUUGUGACAGUGAUACAAUUCAAAGUAAAACAAUAUCUCUUGUAUCAAAAAAAAAUGAAGAAUCAGAAGCAACUAACAAAGUGGAAUGUAAUCUAAACAAAUGUUCAGCGACUGCAGAUUUGGAACAUACCCCAAUUGCACAAAUAACAGCUGGCGGGUUGAAUGUUAAUGAUGUAAAUAAGUUGAAAUUUACAGUUGAUUCAAAUAGUGAAGUGCAUUCCGAUUUGAGCGAUUUGUUUCACGUAUUUAAAGGCAUCAAAAACAAAGAAAAUGAAUGCGUAAUCGAGACUGUUUCAGAGGCUCAAAAAAUUGUCCACAAUAAAGAAGAGAGUAAUCUCAUAUGUUUAUUAUGUAAAGAUACAUUUAAAACGGUAGAGAUAUUUGAAAAUCAUAAAAUUUUAUGCGAUGAUGGAGAUGCGCUAGAUUUAAAACAGCAAAAGGAAUCAUCCAAUUCUGAUAAUUUAGCAACACAACCGGCUAGUACAAUAGAUUUUCAAUUCAGUAUGAAAUCAUGCGAUGUGUGUGGAAAAGUUUUUGAGACAGAGGCUCUUCUUCAAGAUCAUGAAAUAUCCUGUUGUCAGCCAUUCAUGCAAUACAGCUGUCAUAUUUGUGACCAACAAUUUGCAAACAAGGAGGAAUUUGUUCUUCAUGAACAAUUGCACGUCCCUGUAAAUAACGUAACCACUCCAGUAAGGAGAUGUGGUUACUGUCAAGCUACGUUUCACACGCGAAAAGAAUUGCAAAAUCACAUAAUGAAGUAUCAUGGUGGUCAAACAUUAUUUAAAUGCAAUAUUUGUGACAAAGCGUAUGAGAAAUGGUCCAGUUUAGACGUUCACGAAGCCACGCAUAGAUUAGAUAAACCCUUCCUUUGUGAUUUAUGUGGAAAAAGUUUUAAGCACUCGAAUAAUUUGAGAGGGCACAAAAGAAUUCACUUGGAGGAGUCUAAAAAGAAGCGUCAUGUUUGUGAACUCUGCGGCAAUGCAUUUAGAUCUAGAUUUCAUCUAAAUGAGCAUAUGAAUCAGCACAAUGGUAAUAAACCAUAUGGUUGCGAGCAAUGCGGCAAGGCUUUCUACAAAAGAAUACAAUUGCGUCAACAUAAAUUGUCCCAUGGAUUAAAUAAAUUUGCUUGUCCAAUUUGUGGCGUUACAUUUAAUCGCAGAGGGAACAUGAAUACGCAUUUUAAGAGACACAGUACUCAAGAUGGAGUAUAUACUUGUAGCGUAUGCGAACAUAGAUGUAAAUCAAUGAGUGAUUUAAAAAUUCACAGAAAGGAACAUUCCGAAGAAGACAUAAUGGAAAGUGUAAAGAAGAAAGCCAUCGACAAGACAGUAUGGCAGUGCAGAAUCUGUGCUAGAGUAUUUCUGAAACGUACUAUUUGGUUGAACCAUGAAAGAUCACACACAGGUGAGAAAGUUAGUGUCGAGUGUGACGAGUGUGGGAAAAAAUUAGCAAGCAAAAGUUCAUUAACGUAUCACAAAAAAUCUAUACACUCCUCAGAACGACCACAUAUGUGUCAAUUUUGUGGAGAUUCCUUCGUCUCCAAAGAGGCGAGAUUAAUACACGAACGUAUUCAUACUGGCGAACGACCUUACGUAUGUAAAAUAUGUAACAUGCAGUACAGAUGUUCAAGUAAUCUUAGUCAACAUAUGAAGAUACAUUCAGAAGCUAGGCCCCACGUAUGUCCAUAUUGUAAUAAAGGCUUUACACGUAAAGGCGCACUUAAUGUUCACGAGCGUAUUCAUACUGGCGUUAAACCAUUCGCGUGUGUCGUCUGUGGUCGAAAUUUCUCGCAGAAAAAUGAUAUGCUCAAGCAUACGAAAACUCAUCGUGUUAAAUCAAUUCGCUGCGAACAGUGUGACGAGGUGUUUGCGACCAAGAGGGAAAUUCUUAAACACAUUGCGGUGCAUGAACAAAAUGUAGAGAGUUCUGUUAUACAGCGAUAUGUGGACAUGCCGCAACAUGUAGAAUCGUACUCAAUAAAUAUACCUUAUUCUAAUAUCGAGGAAUCCGAUGAGUUGGUGAUUGCACAGAAUAAUUAGUUUACUCCCAAUAAAACAAUAAUACGUACUUCGAGACCAUGAAUAUCAUUUAUAUUUUACGUACUUUUCACGAGAAUUUAGUUUACAUAAUGUUUUUCCCUAUUUAUAGAAUCCCUUAGAAUUACACCAAUAUACAUAUGAUAUAUUUAGUAUAUAAAUAGUAUAUCUUGAUGUUAUGGAUGGAUAAAGGCGUAAUUAAUGACGUAAUAGUUCCAAUGAAUUUAAUGAUACAUAUACAAGUAUGUGAUAUGUAACUGAGAGUAUUAUUAUAAUGUAUUGUUAAUCAGGAUCAAUUUACAUGGCUAUGUGUAGCAUUGUACAAAUUUUUGUAACUAUCAAAAUACAUAUAAUAUAUGUACCUGUAAAAAGA